CACACCCUCUCUCUCCAAUUUUUGAUUAAAAGCUCUCUCUCUCUCUCUCCUCCUUAGACUUAAUUAGUUCAUGGAUGUUUUAAUGCUCAUUGUGCUCAUGUACUCUGCCACCUUUGGUGGUUCAGAUGCUGCAUGGUGUGUUUGCAACUCAGAUCAGAGCACACCUGCUCUGCAGAAGACAAUAGACUAUGCUUGUGGAGCUGGGGCAGACUGCACACCCAUUCUGCAAAAUGGGGCAUGUUAUGAGCCCAACACUGUGGCUGCCCACUGCUCUUAUGCUGCAAACAGCUAUUACCAGAGGAAGGGGCAGGCUCUGGGGGCCUGUGACUUCUCUGGAACUGCCACUCUCACCUCCGCAGACCCAAGUGGACCUGGUUGCACCUUUCCAGCAUCUCCCAGUGCUGCAGGGACAUCAACCAGCAGCAGCAGCACUACCCCAACAACUGCCCCAGGCAGCACCACCCCAGCCGGCAGCAGCACUCCCACCACACCCACCACCACAUUCACCCCAACUGCUGGAGGAGGAGGAAGUGGCACAGCCGGCAGCACUGGAGGAGGGGGGAUUCUUGGAGGAUUGGGCCCCGCAGGCACCACCACCAGCAUUGAUGGCACCGGCAGUGAUGGAGGUCUGCCUCCAAACCCUACUACUGCUGGCUUCAUCUUCCUCUCUCUUAUAACCACCUUCCUCUCUCUCUCAUCCUUCCUCUUCUUCUAAUUAUAUAUUUGCUCUCUAAUUGUAUGGAAAUCCAUUCUUUUUUCUUUUUUUUCUCUGUGUUAUAAUGUAUAAAGACUUUCUGAGCUUUAUUAAAUAGUUUAUGGACCGCUCUUCUCAA